UUCCUGUCUUACGAGCACCGACACUUUAUCGAUAACGACGUCAACCGCGUGUCGGUCGCUUAGGGGUACACGCGCCCUCUACGGCCAAUUCCUUGCGAUUUGCUUUUGGAAACGGACGGUUCUUCGCCUUACUAUAUACCAACACACCUCUAAUCAUGGCUGUCUUUGCCAUCAACGACCGAACGGAAGAGUUCCGACAGAUUGUUGCGGCUGCCCAGCGUCGGCAGGCCGCAAAGCCAGGAAAGCAGCGACUUCUCGAUACCGCUCAACAACAUGCUGCCAACAGCGAUGCCCAGCCAAGGAGGUCCGAGUUUGCGAGGGGGGCUGCAGAGAUUGGAAGGGGCAUCUCUGCGACAAUGGCCAAGCUGGAAAAGCUAGCACAACUAGCCAAGAAGAAGACUCUUUUCGAUGACAGGCCCGUUGAGAUUAACGAGUUGACUUUUGUCAUCAAACAAGACCUGUCUUCGUUGAACGAGAAGAUCAGGAACCUGCAAGAUCUCUCUAGGCGUCUCCACCCGAAGCCUGACCAAGAAGGGGAGAACAACAAGAACAUUCUCCUGCUCCUACAGGGCAAGCUGGGAGAUGUUGGUGCCAAUUUCAAGGACGUGCUCGAGAUCAGAACCAAGAACAUCCAGGCGUCGAGGUCGAGGACCGAGAACUUCGUUUCGUCAGUAGGCCAGCACGCACAUGCCUCCCUACAACAGUCUGCGUCACCACUAUAUGGCACACCUAGCAGGGGAACGCCAGCCCCGGGGCAGCAAGAUCUGAUCUCGCUGAACCCGAUGGGAGACCAGCAGAUGCAGCUCCAGAUGUUGGAGGAGGGCCAAAAUACCUACGUCCAACAACGAGGGCAAGCGAUCGAGGCCAUUGAGUCGACCAUUAACGAGUUGGGUUCCAUUUUCGGACAACUGGCGGCCAUGGUCAGCGAACAGUCUGAGAUGAUUCAAAGAAUUGAUGCCAACACAGAGGACGUGGUAGAGAACGUCGAAGGCGCGCAAAAAGAACUGCUCAAAUAUUGGAGCCGUGUUUCAAGUAAUAGAUGGCUAUUAGCCAAGAUGUUUGGUGUUCUAAUGAUUUUCUUCCUUCUCUGGGUACUAAUUGCCGGAUAGACGGCAGUUCCGGCGUCGUUUCUGUAAUACUAUACUUCUUCUUUAUAAUGCAUGCAGAGGCGUCUCUUGUAGACUUUAUGCAUUAAUUAUACAAUUUCUCUUCCUCAGGAAUCCGGGUUCUCUUUGCAUGUGCUUUUCCGUAUCCGUUCAUUGUUCCAAGACUUGAACUUCUACAACGUUGGAGGGUACAGGGCUCAACAUGUCGUCUGUCACGCUCGUAUCUGUGAAAGGUGGGUGGGGGCACCUGAUCAUUUAUACCUACCUCGCUGAGGAAGCUAGACUUCAGCGUAGGGAUCAGGCUGGAAGUUCACUCUCGGUUCAUUGACGGACAUCUCUCUGGUCGACGGAGCUUAACCGACGGAAAUCGGCUAUGCUAAAUGCCACCAAUAAGAGCAGUAAAUCAGACCAAGCAUUCCACUUUUCCGGUCUCUGGAACUGCAAUCAGUUCGAACAGCUUCGAUACCGUGGAAAGCUUUCCCCUUGAGCCCCGG